UUUCUCUUUAUGUAUGCAUGUAUGAAUAUUCGCAAAGGCUUAGGCCUACCGUACUGCUCCAAAUCCAUAAGCGUUCAGUCGUUGAACGGCAUUCUAACAAAUCAGUGCUGAAGUGCCAAAGUUAACUUUAAUUGGAUACAAAGCAAUAUAUCAAGAUGGAUCGCGCAAGUCUUUAUUUUAUGGACAAAGAUGACAAAAAUACUUUUGACUUCGAUGAAACUUUGCCACCACUGCCAUUGCCGGAUCUCCGCGAUACCAUGGAGCGCUACUAUAAAAGUGUGUUGCCAUUUGGCACAUCCGAGGAGCUGGCCAACACACGCAAGGUCAUUGAGGAUUUUGAAAAAGGUGUGGGUGCCAAAUUGCAGGCACAGCUUAGGGAACGUGAGGCUAAAAUGAAAAACUGGUUGGGCAGCUGGUGGGAGGACUAUGGCUAUCAUUUGCUACGAUUUCCGCUACUGCCCUAUCAGAUGAUGAAUAUGGCCAGCCAAAUGGAGUUGGUUGGCGUGCCCGAGACGCCAGCUUAUAUGCUCAAAGGUCUCGCACGUCAAAUCUUUCACACGCUGGAGUUUUGGGACUUAACGCGCAAUGCUACUAUUAAGCCGCUUUCCUCUGGCGGUGGCAAAAUCAAAUAUUCCUCGGCGCUCCAUAAACAGUUCUUCUCAACGUCACGCGUGCCUGGCGUGGAGCAGGAUCACAUUGAAAAACACUUUCUGACCAAGGCUGAAGGUCGUACGCCCUCGCACUUGGUUGUUGGUGCCAGAGGUCGCCAGUUUAUGUUUGACUGUGUGCACGAAGAUGACACUAUACUCACCGCAGCGGAGAUUCUAGUAAUACUGCAGCGUAUGCGCAGCAUGCUGGACUAUGAGCCGGAAGGCGAUGGCGUGUCUUUACUAACACAUGACGAACGCUCCAGCUGGGCCAAGAAUCGUCAGCAUUUAAUGGAAUUAUCUGCUGCCAAUAAGGACACGCUGCGCAUGGUGGAGAGCUCGGCAAUUAUUAUUUGCUGGGAUGAGCACGAGCCACGUGACUAUGAGGAAUCCUCACAGCUGGCCUUGUAUGGUGACUAUCACUCACGCUGGGCAGAUCGCAGCAGUACGCUUGUAGCCUAUAAAAAUGGUCGCUUGGUGUACUCCGGUGAACAUAGUUGCUACGAUGGCACUGUUAGCAUCAGCUAUGCCACCUUCAUGCAAUUGAGCAUGUUUGAGGUGCCCGAGCCCGACUGGAGCGAGGCCGAUCACACGCAAACGGUUGAGAUAAAAGAACUUAAGUUUGAACUGAAUGAUGCUUUGAAAACAGAAAUUCAACGCAUGCGGGAUGAACUAGAAAAGCGGGGUUACGAUGUCAAUGUGACCUUUACGGUGUUUGAUGAAUACGGCAAGGACUUUAUGAAAAGCCAACAGCUACAUCCGGACUCGUUUAUACAAGUAGUCAUGCAAUGGGCAUAUUACCAGAUGCAUCAGAAAAUAGCGCCCACCUAUGAGACUGCCCUGAUGCGCCAAUUCUACAAUGGACGCACCGAGACACUUCGUUCCUGCACCGAGCGGGUGCAUGAAUUCCUGCAGGCUGUAGCCAGCGCGAGCACCACAGAUGCGCAGCUGGUAAAAGCGUUUCGUGCAGCUGUUAAGGACCACAAGCGACAGAUGGAUGAUGCACGCAAGGGUAAUGGCAUUGAUAGACAUUUGUUUGGCCUCUGGUGCGCUGCCUACGAGAAUAAGUUAGACAUACCCGCAUUAUAUGAUGAUCCACUCUAUGCCAAGAGCGGUGGCGGGGGCAAUUUCGUUUUAUCCACCAGCACAUUGGGCUUCACAGCUAAUGUUGGCUAUGUGUCGCCCAUGGUAUUUGAUGGCUAUGGCGUAUUCUAUUCCAUAACGUCGGGCGCCAUAUUUAUCAACACGACUGCCUAUCGCGACAGUAUUGCGACCAGUGCACGCAAGUUCAAUGAUUACUUCAAGCAAACAUUCCGUCGCAUACAGGAGCUUCUGGAGCAGCAAGGUUCAGAGUCUAAAUUGUAA